AUGCAGCCGCGAAUACUGCUCUCUUCUCAAUUGCGUAGGGCACUGCCAUCAGCUACCCAGCGAAGCCUUCAGCAAAGCAUCUGGGUUCGUUUCAAGUCACAAAUUCCUCGUCCAUCUCAGAAGCAUAUUUCACCUUUGCCCAAAGGCAAGGAAGUGACGUCUGCCGCGCCUGCUCCAGUACAGAGGACUCUCAGCCCAGCAAAGACUGGUACUCGCAAUGGGCCACCAGAGCGGAUACUGGUCUAUUAUGGUGGAACGGGGCGAGCCAUAUUCCUGGGCACUCUCAGAAUCACAACGGUUCUUCUCUUUGGAGCCGCCUGUUUGAUAGUUGCGCCCGCGUGUUCCGUCGCUGAAUAUCCGUGGUAUGCUGUACCCGGAGUCAUCGUAACCGGUGCCCUGCCAAUGCUCUUCGUUUCGUACACAGCUGCACCGUACGUGAAUUUCAUUCAUUUGGCGCUGCCAGCCUUCGCCAGGAAGUCCCGAGAAGCUGCCGUCCAGUACGCAAAGGAUCUACCUCCAACGGCCGUGUUGUACCUCACAAACAUGCGGUUCAAUACCAUUCCUCGGCAGACCGCUGUGCGAAUUGGUGACCUCAUUCCCGUGAAGGACACCGUUCGGCCGGUCACGUUUGAAAACUUGAAACCCACACCCCAGCGUUGGUGGCAAGGAAAGGCUCCAACCAAGUUCUAUGCUGAUGCCAAGAGCAAGCCCGGACGGCAGACUUCGGCGUUUUUCCCAGAAUUAUGGAAUGGAAUCUACCAGCAGAUUCAAAAAGCCAAACCCCAGUCACGUUUAUAG